UUUAUACCCUGCAAUGAAAUCAGUGAAAGUGUUUUUUUUUUCCCUGACUCGAAGACCUUCGAAAGACAUUGGCCCCAAGACCCCUCUCUGAUUGAUUGCUCUAAAUGACAGAACAGAAAUGUGCCUGACAUAGUAUAUAUAUAUAUAUGAUCUGACCUAUUUAUUUAUUCCCUUGCUUCAUCAUGGUAAAAGUGCAGCAUACACGUGCCUGCAUCAGUUACCAACAAAACAGGUAAAUACAAUUAACAAAGGCUAUUUUUUUAUAUGUUUAAUUAUGAUGAAGGAGAGGUCGACAUCUUCAUUGGACCCGCUACACUCUAUUAAUACAGCUAGUGGAUAGACAGCAAUAACCAACCAUCCCCAGUAUAAAUGAAAAAAACGGAGAAAGCUGGUAGUGUUACACCCUUCCCCUGUGAGUGUCUUAUUCUGCAAUAUAGGGAUCCUUCGCUUUGCAUUACAGUUAUUUGGAGAAGUCUUUAUUGCAUGUAUUAAAUUACUUGAAUAUCAUGAAUAUAUCAUUAAACCAAAAAAAUAAUAUUCAACAGUGGUAAUUAUUCAAAAAAAACAGAAUGUAGAUCAUCUUUUCUUUCUAUUCCUUGUAACUAAAUUUUUCCAACGCAAUAUUUAGAGAAACCUUAUAUUGUUAGAUUAUUGGAUCCGUUGAUCAGCAUCAGAGGCAUUGCGAUAUGAGGGAGAGGAUUUAUGGGCUUUUUCCUGUGAAAUGAAGGACAUGUUCAUAAAGCGGGAGGUGCACGUUUCACUUUACAGGUUUGUGCUCCAGUAGAAGCGGCUAUGAGAGAAGGUCCCUCUGCCUGAGCCUUGUCUAGAGGCCAGAUCAUUUUGGGGGCUGUUGGUUUUAUGCAGGCUUGGGAAUUAUGUUAUUAUUCGAUAGGCCAGUGGGUGGCGCAGUGGCUCGGACUGUUGCCUUGCAUCCCUAGAGACAGGGGUUUGAAUCCUGCCUUGUCUGUCUGUCCUCACCAUGCUGUGUGGGUUUCCCUGCACCGUCCAAAGCCUUCCAGGUUGACUAAUUGGAGCUGCUGAAUGGCCCACAGUACAGUGGCAUGAAAUAGUUUGGGCACCCUUGCUUAAAACAUCUGUUACUGUGAGUAGUUAAGUCAGCAGAAGAUGAACUGUUCACCAAAAGGUGUAAAGUUAAAGAUCACAUGUUUCUUUAAUAUUGUAAACAAGAUUACAUUUUUAUUUCCAUCAAUCACCAGUACAAGAUACCAAAAAAAUGAUAAGGACCUGAAUGAAAAGAUUGGACGUCCGACAUGGUCAGUACUUAACACCCACUUUGGUAGAUAUCACAGCUUUUAAAUGAUUUUUGUAGCCAGCUAAGUCUUUCAAUUCUGACACGAAUGCUCCUGUUUUUGCAAGAUUCUUGGGCUGUCUUGCAUACACUGCUCUUUUGAGAUCUAUCCGCAGAUUUUCAAUGAUGUUUAGGUUGGGGGACUGUGAGGGCCAUGGAAAACCUUCAGCUUGUGCCUCUUGAGGUAUUCCAUUGUAGAUAUUGAGGUGUGAUUCAGAUCAUUGUCUUGUUGUAUGACCCAUCCUCUAUUUAACAACAACUUUUUUUACAGAUGUUGUGAUGUUUGCUGCCAGAAUUUGCUAGUAUUUAAUCAAAUCCAUUCUUCCCUCUACCAAUGACAUGUUCCCUGUGCCACUGGCUACAUCACAAGCCCAAAGCAUGUUCUUCUGGAAUUCGGCACCUUUUUUCUCCAAACAUACCUUUGCACAUUGUGGCCAAAAAGUUCUAUUUUGACUUCAUCAGUCCACGGGUCUUGUUUCCAAAAUACAUCAGGCUUGUUUAGAUGUUCAUUUGCAAACUUCAGACACUGAGUUUUGUGGUUAGGAUGCAGGAAAGGUUUUCAUCUGCAGACUCUUCCAUGAAGGUCAUAUUUAUUCAGGUAUUGCUGCACAGUAGAAUGGUGCACCGCCGCUCCAGUGUCUGCUAAAUCUUCCUGGAGGUCUUUCUCAGUCAGAUGGGGCUUUUUAUUUGCCUUUGCAGCAAUCCUACGAGCAGUUCUUUCAGAAAGCGUUCAUGAUCUGACAGACCUCAACAUCAGCUCCACCAUUUCUUUUAACUGCCAUUUCUUUUUAACAAUACGGACUGAGGAAACAUCUACUUGGAAAGUGGAAACACUUUGCUAUCUUCUUGUAUCUUUCUCCUCAAAUAUCUUGGGGUGCCCAAACUUCAGAGCCUUUUAACUCUUUUGGUAUUUUGUACCUGUGAUUGAUGGAAAUUAAAAUUUUAAGCAAGAUUAUAUUUUUAAGAAAUGAGUCGUCUUUAACUUUAUUCUUUUUGGUGAUCAGUUCUUCUUCUUUACAACUAUUCACAUUAACAGACAUUUUAAGCAAGGGUGCCCAAACUUUUGCAUGCAACUACAUGUGUGUGUGCGCCCUGCAAUGGACUGAUGUUCCAGCCUUGGUCUCUGGGAUUAUAUUCCUUACGUCUGUAACGCAGAUGAGGGUUAGGGUUUGGAAUGUUAAGGGACAACAGACUGAUUACAGUGAUCAGAACUGUUGAUUUUUUUUUUUAAGCUUUUCUAUGGUUUUUUGCUUCAGUUUCUGACGUCAGUGGAUAAAAAUGUUGAAGGUUUUAAGGGGCUUAAUUAUACCAGUUGAACGCCUUUAAAAAUGCUGGUAUUUUGCUUAAUGGGUUUGUUUUGCACAAAAAAAGUUUUUCAUGAACUGAAAUACUGUCAGUAUGGUCAAAAACAAUUUAAACCAGUCAUUGUAUCCCUGUGCUCUGGUAAGAGGGCACAUUUUGCAGGUAAGGUUUGGGAAUAGAGAAUGAAAAUAAAAAGACAAUGUCCCAGCUGUAAUUCUGUGUGAUGAUGAAAUGUCUCACACCGUGUGAUUUGAAACUCUUGAAAUAAAUUGGACGUGUCAAUGCCUGGGUAGGAUGGAUCAUUCCAAUAGGUGUUCCUUUCUCUGUCCUUCUGUUGCUGGCCCGUCAUUACCGGGUCCAAACCUGCCUGAUGAGAGCCUGAGAGGGCCUGUUUGCAAGGGGUACUGCAGCUGUUCUCUUGUUGCAGGAAGUCAGACUCUUAUCUUGGGACCUUUGUGUGAUGCUGGGAAAGCCCUGGUAUGUUAACCCUAAGACGUUUGUCUGUGACUUUAGUCAUGUUUGUAAUUUAGUGAAGGGAAAAAAUGGGGCUUAUGUGUGUAUGAGUUUGUGCUCUGUGAUGGUCUCGCAUCCCACUCAGAGCACUGCCAUGCCCUAUGCCCUUUGCUGCAUGGUAUAGGCUCCAGGUCCCCCAUGACCCUAACCUGGAUGGAUGGAUGGAUGGAUGGGUUAAUAGAAAGAUAUAUAGAUAAACAGAUGAACAGGUAGAUAGCUGGGUAGUUGGAAACAGACUGACUUUUAAUUUUUGCCCAGAGUUUAAUAGUAAUAAGAUAUAUUACAGUAAUACACUAUCUGAGGUCAAUAUAUUUCACACAAUACAUUGACUACUGGAUGAUUGAUAGAUCUAUUGUAAACAACCUUAAAGGAUUUGGCAAAAUUGUAAGGAAUACAGGAGAGAAUAGAUGUGAAAUUGCUACUAUGGUAUUACUAUGUGACGUAUAUUCUGCAGUGUAAUGUUGAAUAUAACUUUAGCUGGUGUUUGGGGAGCUGCAAUUAUUCACCAGUAGAUAUUACAGCCAUCAGAAAAGUAUAGAUGGGUUUAUUAACCCAAACCCCAAGAAAUACAUUAGCUAUGCUAUUUAUAAAUGAAGUACCCAAGUUCAGCUGAUGAAAAGCCCAUUUGAAACCAAAUGAUAAAUACUUUUGUUUCAAACGCCUAUUUGCUCUCGACUUAAGUUUAGUAGUAGUAGUAGGCUAAUACUUUAUUGAUCCCUAAGGUAAUUCCACUUUUUUUAGUAUUGGAAUAUACAUAUUAUUAUAAAUAUUUUCUCGUGGCAGUCCGAUGAUGUGCUAAAUGUACGUGUAUUUUUAAUGACUCGGCGUUUUUACUUAAACGGUAAACGUAGCGGAGUUUAGCCCAGACCUUCUCUGAAAAGUUACAGGCCUGCGCAAUUCGUUUACUCUCACAAUUAACAAAGGGCGAGUUAACAGCAGGAAAAGAGGCUGCUAGGCGCAGCUCUCGAUCGCCGUCUGCGGUUGCAGAAUGAGCUCGUCCCUCCGGCGCAGAGCAGCCCCUUGUUCCCCACCAGACAUCGUGACGACCCUCCGGAUAAGUGCAUCUGAGCUCCUCUUUAGAAAGGCUGAAAUGCACAAAUACGUUUCACGAUAGUCGCGCACGCAACUCUCCGGGCGAGGAUAAAGCAUGCAAAGAAGCAUCACCUGAAAAGAAGUGAAGAUGAAUCUAACCAAGUUAUAUUUAAAAUUUGGACACCUUUUCUACAGGAACUUCUCGUUUUGGGGAAAUGAUGGCAAAAUGAACCAUAGCCUUCAGGAUGCACUUCUGUUCACGGAUGAUGUGCUGUUUUCGGGGAACGAGCCAGGCACUAUCGUUUUGGUAGUGAUGUACACUUUGUCCUUCUUCAUUGGCUUAGGGGGCAAUGUUAUGGCAUUGAUGGUUUUAACCAGGAGGAGAAAUCGUCUUGUCGGCGGUUCAGCAACCAGAAGACUGCUGAUAAAUUUGUCUGUCUGUGAUAUGAUGGUGGUGUGUGUGUGCAUGCCAGUCAAUCUCGGCCACCAGCUGCACAACGCCUGGGUGUUCGGGGACUUUCUGUGCCGGGUCGUCCCUUUCGUCCAAGCCGUUUCUGUCGCCGCUAGUGUGCUGAGUCUGGCUGUCAUCAGUCUCAACCGAUUCUAUAGCGUCCACAACCCCCUUCACGCCAGGUAUUUCUUUACUGGGAGAAAAAUACUCUGCAUGAUCUGUGCAGUGUGGGCACUGUCGUCGGGACUUUGCACGCCGAUCAUCUUCAUGAAUAAGACGAAGACACUGGUGCUGUUGGGAAGCAACCAUGCGAUAUCAGUGUGCGUGGAGAGCUGGCCGGAAGUCAGGCUGCGACAAGGCUAUAACUUUUUGCUGUUCUGCACCCUAUACGGAUUCCCCGUUUUAUUUAACCUCGCUAUUUGCUUCAUGACGGGGCGCAAACUGUGGCGCGUAAACGAGAAAUUCAAAGAAUGUAACAAGUGUUACUUCGCGCAGUCCGCGUCCCGACUCAAGGUGCGCAAAAAAGUCGCCAAGAUGGUCGUCGCACUUGUUGUGCUGUUCACGCUUUCCUGGCUGCCCCUGUAUGUGGUGGAUAUCUGGAUUGAUUUCAACAUGCCGGAUGCUUUAGAAGAAAGAGAAUAUGACAUGGAUCAUGUCAAUCACCAAUGGAUCCUGCAAGGUAGACCCUUUGCGCUUUGGAUGGGUCUGACCAAUUCGGCUCUCAACCCGCUUUGUUACUGCUUUGUGGGAAAUCUUUAUAGAUCGGCUCAAAGAAUUAGAAAGAGCUACAAAAAGAAGCUGUCAUCAGUCUUUAGCAUGCCUUUAUCAGGGGCGCCGGGUACCAGGUCUGCGCCCAUGCACCUAAGCUGCAGACGCGAUUCCUCCGAGAGAUGUCCCGCCGAAGCGUGUGGCUGGAGGAGACAAGCCAGCUUCAGGGAAAGCUUCUCCAAAACCCGCAGUCUCUUCUCCAUAACAGUUUGCGAAACUGUGUUUGAUUGACAAAGGGAGUCGUGCUUAAACUUCUAACGCUGCAUCUGCUACGUUCCAUUUGGGACCCUUUUGGAUUUGUUAAAACAUGGACUCUAUACUACGUAUUAUUUUAUUACCUACGGUUUUAAUUUAUAACACGCAUAGACGGCUGCGUAUUACAGUGUACAGUAAAAUUACAUUCAUUCAAGAUGUACUAAUUUCAUGUAAAUUUGUUGUAGAAAACAUCCUCAUGGUUAUGUGGCUUAUAUAUUUCAAAAUACAUUUGUCAAUGAGAAACUAUGUGAUAUAUAAAACGAAUUGUCUGUGCCAGUGUUUAUUUAUUAUUAUACAAAUGUAUAUUGAUUAAAUGACUGAGAGACCAUGCACAAGAUUUAGUGCGAGUAUUAGAGAAUAAAGGGCAAAUAUUUUGAAUGUCGUAUUUUUUUUUGUAUACGUGACCCUGCAAUUUGUAUGACAAAAUAGCGAAGAGAAAUGUAAUUAUUUGGUCGACAGUCCUUCAUUCAGGUAAAUUGCAAAUCUACCUAGCUGUAUGGGUAGGCUAUAGGUGUACAGCUGCUAACUCAAACUUAACAUUUUAACCAUUCCACCGUCUUUCCUAGUGUAUUUUACAUUUCUGAAAGAGAAUGAUGACAUGCGGAAUCCUUAGCGGUUUAAAAAUUAUAUUACGUAGAUAUAUUUUCGAUUUACUCCAUGAAAUAACUGGUUGACGCCUUGUUAGAAAUUCCGUUGUAAAUUCUGUGCAAUUAUAAAUAUUUCACCUAUUAUCGUGUGUGUUAUACAUCGGCGAAGGUUUUUGUAAAUGUAUAUUGAACGUUAACAUUUUGUCUCUGGCCAGCAUACUACUUCACAUUCUUGUAAAAAAAAUUUUUUUUAGAUUAAUAAAAUGGAGUUGAAAUUAAAGAAGACUGGAAAUCUGUAAGAGUUAGAAUCCUAAAUAAAUUAAUAAUGAAGGACAACCAAACUUGCGGCCAGGAAACAGUGGUUGAGGCUGAGAUUAAGUCAAAGUGCAGAUCUUUGCACUGCGACGUUCGAUAAAACCAUUCUCACAUGUGCACAGAAUUUAUACGUUUUGUGAAAAUAGUUCGCCCAGAGAUCAUUCAAUAUCUAAUACUUAUAAAUUGCUAUCAUUCUUGCCAUUAUUAUAACAGUUUAUUUUUAGAAAACGCAAUUACUGACUCAUCCUGCGCUGUCCAUUGCUUUCGAGAGAAGAAAAGGGUAAAGGGUCCCGUUUUA